CGGAGGGAUCAGAGGCCCAGGCAGGGCCCGGGGCAGCACGAUGGCCACACCAGGCAGUGACCUCAGCACCAGGAUGUCUGCAGAAGAACAGGUCAUAUAUAACACCGUUAAGGAGACUGCAGGCAAGCUCUUCAAAAAAUAUAAGGUGGACAUUUCAGGUGCAAUAAAAACAACAUUUCCUUUCCUUGAACUUCUCCGGGAUCGUGGAUUCAUCACCAAUGAAAUGUAUGCUGCGUCGCAAGUAUGUUGCAAAACACGGCGUUCUAUAGAAGAAAUCUUAUAUGAUCUUCUGAGUGAAUUGGAGGAGACCUUUGACCUGCCCCUUCUGGAUGCUUUGUUCAGCAAGGUCAUCAUGGAGAAGUAUCCUGAUUUAAAACACAUUUACAGAAUCUUCAGAAAUGAGAUACCAAACAUAAGCUGUUUCCUAGAAAAUGGACCAGAAGAAAACCAGGAGAGAUCUGGUAUCCACCUAAGCAUUGAACAAGGUGAUUGCAACCAGAUAAAAGCUGACUCUCAUCUGCUAGGAGGAAAGGAGAAAGGGCGUCGGUCCCUGAGGCCUGAGUAA